AGAGAGAGAGAGAGAGACAGUGGCGUGUGAAUGGGUUGAGGGAGAGAGAGAAAGAGAGAGAGAGAGAGAGCGAGAGAGAGACGCUAAGCCAGGAGUCUUAAUAGCAGGUUUUCGUUUUCAUAUUCGUUGUGUUCAGGUCUAAAGGGAGAGGAGAAAAGUGAGAGAUUACAACAUAUCCGGGCGAAAGUGAGUGAGCGAGGGAGAGGAAAAGAAAGGCAGAGCAGCCUGUAAUUUGUGUUGAAGACACAGCGGCAGUCCGCCUGGCCGAGCCGAGCCGAGCUCUGAGGCGCUUCUCUGAGCUGGUCCGCGCGCGGCUCCUCUUCAGCACACUCCCUGACGCGCUGUGUGAAGCUACAUACGGGUCUCUGCCGCGGGUUUGGCUGGCGGCGCGUUUUCAGCGCAGAGCUGUGACGCAGAGCUGCUCAUCCUCACAGAGUUUCAAACAAACUUUCUCGCGCGUACUUUUCCCCCCAUCUAUCUACACAUGCAGCGUGCACGCGCUGCAGAGGGACGAGUGCGCUUUUGACUGAAGUUUUGAGUGCGCGCGCGCCAAGAAAAGUUUUUAUUCUAGCGCUCGUGGAGAGAUUUGGUUUCAUUUGCCGCCCAUCUCACCUCCAGCAUCCAAGCGCACCACCUCUACGCGCCCCUGUUCGGUUCCCGGCGAUGCUGAGGGGGCUUCUUCUCGCGGGCGGGAUCGCGCUGCUCCUCGCGCUCGCUGCGCUGCUGGCGGAGGGCGCGCGCGGCGGCGGCGGCGGAGGAGGAGGAGGAGGCAGCGGCGGCUACGGCCACGCGUACGGCGGCGCGAGCGUGUUCGCCGCCCAGUCGUCCCCUCCAGAUCCGUGCUACGACGAGAACGGGCGGCCGCGCCGCUGCAUCCCGGACUUCGUGAACGCGGCGUUCGGGAAGGAGGUGCGCGCCUCGAGCACGUGCGGCAGCCCGGCGGCGCGCUACUGCGUGGUGACGGAGCGCGGCGAGGAGCGCUCGCGCGAGUGCCACACGUGCGACGCGGUGGACCCCAAGAAGGCGCACCCGGCCGCCUACCUGACGGACCUGAACAACCCGCACAACCUCACGUGCUGGCAGUCGGAGAGCUACGUGCAGCACCCGCAGAACGUCACGCUCACGCUCUCGCUGGGCAAGAAGUUCGAGGUGACCUACGUGAGCCUGCAGUUCUGCUCGCCGCGGCCCGAGUCCAUGGCCAUCUACAAGUCCAUGGACUACGGCAAGACCUGGGUGCCCUUCCAGUUCUACUCCACGCAGUGCAAGAAGAUGUACAACCGGCCGAGCCGCGCGGCCAUCACCAAGCAGAACGAGCAGGAGGCCGUGUGCACGGACUCGCACACGGACAUGCGGCCGCUGGCCGGCGGCCUCAUCGCCUUCAGCACGCUGGACGGGCGCCCGUCGGCGCACGACUUCGACAACUCGCCCGUGCUGCAGGACUGGGUGACGGCCACGGACGUGCGCGUGACCUUCAGCCGCCUGCACACGUUCGGCGACGAGAACGAGGACGACUCGGAGCUGGCGCGCGACUCUUACUUCUACGCCGUGUCCGACCUGCAGGUGGGCGGCCGCUGCAAGUGCAACGGGCACGCGUCCAAGUGCGUGAGGGACCGCGACGGCGGCGGCCUGGUAUGCGAGUGCAAGCACAACACGGCGGGCGCCGAGUGCGACCGCUGCAAGCCCUUCCACUACGACCGGCCGUGGCAGCGCGCCACCGCAAGAGAGGCCAACGAGUGCGUGGCUUGCCACUGUAACCUGCACGCACGCCGCUGCCGUUUCAACAUGGAGCUGUAUAAGCUGUCAGGCCGCAGGAGCGGAGGCGUGUGCCUCAACUGCAGACACAACACAGCUGGGCGCCACUGCCACUACUGCAAAGAGGGCUACUACAGAGACAUGACCAAGGCCAUCUCCCACAGACGCGCCUGCAAAGCCUGUGACUGCCAUCCAGUUGGUGCUGCGGGAAAGACGUGUAAUCAGACUACGGGACAGUGUCCGUGCAAAGACGGUGUGACGGGCAUCACCUGCAACCGCUGUGCUAAAGGCUACCAGCAGAGCCGCUCACCCAUUGCUCCCUGCAUCAAGAUUCCGGUGGCCUCCCCAACCGCCACUUACAGCAUUCCAGAAGAACCAACAGACUGUGAUUCUCACUGCAAAGCCUCUAAGGGCAAACUGAAGGUCACCAUGAAGAAAUACUGCAAGAAGGACUUUGCUGUCCAAGUGCACGUGCUGAAAGGCGACAAAGCAGGCGAGUGGUGGAAGUUCACCAUCAACAUCAUCUCGGUCUACAAACAAGGCGAACAUCGGAUCCGCCGGGGUGACCAGCUGCUGUGGGUGCGCGCCAAGGACGUGGCCUGCAAGUGCCCCAAGAUCAAGCCGGGGAAGAAAUACCUGCUUCUGGGCUCUGACGACGACGACUCACGCGGUCAGAGCGGCGUAGUGGCUGAUAAAGGCAGCCUGCUCAUCCCCUGGAAGGACCUGUGGGCCCGACGGCUCCGCAAGUUCCAGCAGCGUGACAAGAGGGGCAAGUGCUAGAGGAACCACACAUCAGGAGGUGGAAGGAAUGGAGGAAGGAGGGAGGGAUGGACCGAGCUGCUAAGCAGAUGCAUAUCGCUAGCCUUUUGUAGGGACUGUUGUGAAGGAACCCCAAGAUUUCACUGUUUUGUCCUCAGCUGUCUUUCUUUUGUAUUUUCCUUUGAGAUUACUAUUUUUUCGUAUUGUGGAUUUUGCAGAGUUUGCACCUAAUGUUACAUGUGUUAAGUCAUUUUUGAGUGAUCCGUUUUGGUGUGUCUCACUUUUAUGUAGCCUAAAUUGUCCGGCCUUUUUUUUUUUAAAAGCAUAAAAAGAAAAUACUGUGUGACAUCUCUUGAUGCCAAUGCCCUUUCAGACUGUUUUGUCUUUUGACAAGGAAGCUCACAGUACAUGUCCUUGUCUUAUUCGAGCUGAUGACAUCUUAACAGUCUAGUGACAAAAGAAAGGUGAUCUUGGGGGAUUAUAUGUUACACAUUAUAUGUUAUACACUAUAUGUUGGUCAUCUGUGAUCUGAUAUGAACUGGUAUCUGGUAUCUGAAAGAUGUAUAAAGGAUGCGCUAACGACUUUUAUAGACGCCACUUUUACGUACAGCAUUGUGGACGAUACCUCAUUGCUUCUGAUGCUGAGUAUUUUAGCAGUUCAGAAUGUGCCAUGGACGAGUGAUUUAUUUCAAAAACAGCUUGAACCACUAUUCAUGUCAGCUGAAUGUUUUUUGUUUCGAAUGCAGUGAUUUUUGCCUUGUACAUUAUAACAUGUUUGACCGUAGAUUACCAUAGCGUGAGUCCGAUUAUAUAAAGAAAGCAUAAUAUUUAACCUCUUCCUGAUCCUUUUUCUGAUUGUGAUAAAAAUGUCAGACACAUUUUGAGAUCCAGUCUCACUUUCAAAGUAUAUGGAACCUGAUGCCUACAGGGGGAGCUGUUUCCUAAACACAGUUUCUCAAUAUUCAUUGAAACAUGGCCUUUAUUAUGUUUGAAAAUGUCGAUUUAAACUGUUAUUUUGAAGUUGUGAAAAUUCAGAAAAUUAAAAAAAUAAAAUUCUGAGAAAUUGACCAUUUUAAAAGUUUGGGAGAUUUUGGUGUUGAGAAUUCUGAAAUUGUAAAAAUUCUGUACAUUUGAAAAUGUACAAAAAUAUUUUAAAAAGAAAAUUCUUAGUUUUUCAUGUAAAAAUUUGAGGAAUUCAUCUCCUUGAAUAGCUUAUUUUACUAUCCUCCUUACGCAUAUAAGAAACAUCUAAAAAAGUCUGUAUGAGAUUUGGACGUGUUGCAGUUACCUUCAGUCUGAUCUCAAGGAGAAUUACAGUGUGAGCGUGAAUUUAAGUGCCAAUUUCAUGUCCUUCAAAUGAGGCAGUAGGAACAGCUACAGUGACCAAAACCUACUGCUAACCCCUAACCUGAACCAUUUGUAACUUGUACGAACUUCGUUUCAUCUGUAAUCAUGACACUAUUGGCCAUAUGGUCCAUAAUAUAUAGUUGGCAAAGGCCUUAAUUACAGUACAGUAAAAUAAAUGUACACUAUUGACAGGAUGGAGACCAUGACGUUAUGAUUCGUAUUGCCUUGGAUAAUAAAUCAUAGGCCUAUAAUUUGUUGGUACUCUGUGGAACGUAUUGUUCUGUUGUUAUUUGUAUAGUUGUAUAGUUAUAUUUUUUUGUAUGACACUAACUAGAUUAUAUUCAUGUUAUUAACCAGAAACUUAACGUUUGAACAGGAGAGUAAGAUUGUUAGGCUUUUUUGUUUACAUAAGUUGAUAAAUUAGAGAGGAAUUUGUACAGUAUCUGUGCUAUGAGAAUGAAAUAUAUCACACAUACACUCAAACCUUUUACAUAUUCUUUCUCUCUCUCUCUCUCUCUCUCUCUCUCUCUCUCUCUCUCACACUCACCCCCCCACCCCACCCCCCCUUCCUCUAACAUCAUAUACAUACACAUGUAAACAGAAUUUCUUACAGUCACACUCACUGUCACUGCCAAGCUAUGAACUCUGACGUUGCCUUCGAAAGAAUAUCCAUUCUAUAUUGACCCAACAUCCAACAUGGACACUUUGACCAAUUCUCCAGUUACCUGGAGAACUAUUCUGCCGAACAGGUUCUGAAUGAACACUUAGCCAUUGUUCAUGUUCCCACCUGUAAAUGAUGUUUAGCUGUAUUCUUUGCAAAAAUAAAAGCAGUGUUUUGUCUUGUAAUUCAUACUAAUAUAUAAUGGUUCUCAUAAAAAAUGAAUAUAUUUAAUGCUACCUGGAA